GCGGCUGGCUCUCGAUCAAAAUACAAGCGCCUCAGAGCAUACGUGAUUGUUAUUGCUCACGAUCCCAUUUCUCUAGCAAAAUCUCGCACGGCUGCGGUCAACAGAGCCUGGCAUACCUGCAGCAGGACACGAUGCUGCGGCUGCUCUCCCUCCUGCACGCCACUGCCGUAGCGUUUCCGAUGCUCGGCGCCGAAAUACCGCUCGGCGAACGGACGAAGAUGUCGUGGGACGCGCCGCAAAACGGCGACGACGGCGUCGACCACUUCCAGCUCUUCCUGCCGCGGCACUGGUCGAAAGCUCAAAGCUGGCCGAUGCUCAUUUUCCUGCACGGCGCGGGGGACGGCGUGUGGGACGUGAUGAACAGCCAGUCGCUGCCGCGGCUGCUGUCACGGGAUCAGUCGACGGCGUUCGAUCCGAGGAAGAGCUGGGAGUUUGACUUCGACGGGCGCCACUACGUGAAUGCGUCGUUCGCCGACGACCUGGGCUUUGUGGUCGUCAUGCCGCAGGGCUGGGACGCGACCAUGCGGCCGGGCUGGUCGCGGCCGCGGCUGGAGCGCGUGCGCGCGCUGGCAACGCGCGUGGCGUCGGCGUACGCCGUGGACCCGGAGCGCAUCUCGCUGGCCGGGCAGUCGGCGGGCGGCGUCGGGGCCUGGCGCUUCGCGCUCGAGUAUCCCGAAUUUCUGAGCGCCGUUGUGCCGGUCUGCGGCGCGCUACCGGGCGAUUCAGCCAGGGCCGCGCAGCGCCUGAAGGACCUGUCGAUCUGGGUAUUCCACGCGGCCGACGAUUCGGCGAUGCCUGUCGAGCUCGGGGACGGCGCCGUCGCGGCCAUGAACCGGGCGGGACGGCGCGAGCCGGCGCGGUACACGCGGUACCGCCGCGCGCCGCCGCCGCCGGACCCGCAGUACAACGACAUGGUCGGCCACGCGUCGUACGACCUGGCGUUCCGGGACGCGUCGCUGUACGCGUGGCUGGCGAACCAGCGGCGCGGGGCUAGUUGA